AUGACACAUAUCCUCAGAGCCACCAAACUGUCGGCGCCCGGUUUGGCCUUCACAAACCUGGCCUACGUGCAUCCUGAGGUGUAUGAGGAGCUUUUGACGCAUAGUGGGCAUGGGAGCCGGCGUUCGCCAGGGCAAGCGCUGCGUCCCGUGCAGUGCCAUGUCGGUUCAAUCGUCCUUGGAGUAAUGCCGGAGCCCUUGCUGCAGAAGGGGGAUAUAGGGCUCAGCACUUGUCAUCGGGACAGUACGCGCCUGCAGUUGGGAGAUGCCGUUCACGUUCGCGUUUUCAUCCCGCCGACCCCCAAACCGAUCAUAGGCCUCAUGCAGAUCGAGGUGUCCACAUACCUCAAACCCGCCGAGCGGAUUUGCGUCAAGGAUGAUGUCAUCGAGGAAGAUUUCCGCACGUCUUUUUGCGGCCAAAAUUUUACCGUGGGUCAGUCGAUGGCGAGACGGCUUGGGAAGGAGACGCUUAAGCUGACCGUUCUGCAGAUGAUUCCAGUAGAGACAACAGGCGACAAGAGGAUGGCGCCAGUGAGCUCCUUUGCCGAAUUGUCGGAGAACAGUGAGCUGGUAUUCGCUGGUGAUUCGGAGGGUCGGGUGUACGUCCAGUCGAAAAAGGUCCUCCCAUCUCCUCUCGUCGCCCCAGACUUCUCAUUUCAGAAAUUAGGAAUCGGUGGCCUGGACCGGCAAUUCUCGGAGAUCUUCCGGCGAGCCUUUUCAAGCCGAGUGUUUCCCCCUCACUUGGUGGAGGAGUUGGGUCUUAAGCACGUCAAGGGCCUCAUGCUGUACGGGCCUCCGGGUACUGGUAAGACCUUGAUUGCUCGCCAGAUUGGGAGGGCCCUCAAGGCUCGAGAGCCGAAGGUUGUGAACGGCCCCGAGAUCCUGAACAAGUUUGUUGGGCAGUCCGAAGAGAAUGUGAGGGCGCUGUUCAAGGAGGCUGAGGAGGAAGAGAAGAAGAAGGGCGCCGAAUCUGGACUGCAUAUCCUCAUCUUUGAUGAGUUGGAUGCCAUCUGCAAGCAGAGGGGAGCCAACCCCGGAGGCGCAGGGGUCACGGACUCCGUUGUGAACCAGCUGCUCUCCAAGAUUGACGGAGUGAACGCCUUGAACAACAUUUUGCUGAUUGGCAUGACCAAUCGAAUCGACUUGAUCGAUGAGGCACUGCUGCGGCCAGGGCGUUUCGAGGUGCUCAUCGAAAUCGGCCUUCCCGACGAGAAGGGGCGACAACAGAUUUUAAUGAUCCACACGCAGGCCAUGCAGGAGGCCAAGAGACUGGAUCCUUCAGUCGAUUUAGCGGUCUUGGCGGAGAUUACGAGAAACUUCUCUGGCGCAGAGUUGGAGGGCCUCGUCCGAUCCGCGGCCUCCUUCGCCUUCCAGCGGGCCGUUGAUCUGAAGGAUCUCUCCAAGCCCGCAGACGCCUCAGCUAUCAAGAUCACGAUGCAGGACUUCGAGAACGCGCUAGAAGAAGUGAAGCCUGCUUUCGGAUCGCACAACGAAAGCCUUUCGAGGUGCACGCGAAACGGGAUCAUCUGCUUCAGCGAAGACUGCAAACGACUGCAGCAAACAUGCCUUACAUUGGGGGCUCAGGCGAGGGACAGCCCGCACACUCCAGUUCUUUCCUUGCUCCUGCAUGGCCCUCCCGGCAGCGGAAAAACAGCGCUUGCCGCGUCGGUUGCAAAGCUGUUGGGGUUCCCAUUCACGAAGCUCGUGACAGCCGAGUCUUGGGUGGGCCUGCCCGAGUCGGCAAGAGUCAACUUGUUGAACAAGGCCUUCCAGGACGCCUACAAGUCAGACAUGUCCUUGGCUCUGGUUGUCCUUGUCAAAAAGCAGCCUCCCCGGGAAGACGGCAAGCUGAUGAUCAUUGGAACCACCUCAGAGCCAGAAUUCAUCAAAGAGUCUGGGAUAGCAAAGGCCUUCAACGUUUGCCUGGAGGUACCACCCGUACGGGGGCCCAAGCAAAUUGGAGCGGCUUUAAGAGACCACAGCGCAGACCGCUAUUGUUUUCCAGAGGCAGAGAUCGAGCAGGUUUGCAUGUCAGGGGAUUUAGAGACGAUUCCCAUCAAGCAGCUUCUGAUGGUCACUGAAAUGGCCGCGGAGAAGUGCAAACCAGGUCCGAUUCAGGCCGAGACAUUCAUCAGUUGUUUAAAGGACUGUGGCCUAGACAACUUCUGUGGGAUGUAUUAA